UCGGCUGACAGGAUAAAAUAUGCAUAAAUACCGUUAUAUGGUAAAAUAAAGCAGCAGCUACUAUAAUAUGAUGAAGAAAGUAGUCCCUGCCAUCACGGGCAUGUAGGCGAGUCACAGUGUAUAAAUACGCCGGGUUGUCAAACAGUAAAGUUUCUCUGGACCCUCCAUACAAUCUGUCAGCUGAAGACGAACUGGAAAACCCUUCGGCCAUUGGAGAACUGGGGCAGCAAUGAAAUAAAUCAACACCACUAAGGUCAGAAAGACCUAGUGGUCAGCAUCUCAACCAACUACUCGACAAAUCCGCCUUGAAAUCCCAGACAACACAAGGGGAAUAAAACAGAAACGCAGGAGUACAAGUCACGCUAGGACAUCAGUGACAAUAGCAUUAAGCAGGAGGCACUCCAUGGGAUCGGGUUCAGAUUAUAAAGGAUUUAUGAAGCACACAACACAGCAUCUGUUACAUCCAUCAGUAGAUCUUGCAGUCGCUGAAACCAAAAUAUAAAACCUGUACCAGCGCUGUCUGUCGUUGAAUAAGAAUAGUGGGGGUUUGGGACCUGAAAACAUUGUUACAUAUUUGUCGAGGAAAAAAAAAAGACAGCCUGCAACCUGCUGCCCCAGCCUUCAAGGUGCCUUUACCAUGGUGACCCUAAAGGAAUCAUAAACUUUACAAUAAGCCAGAGGGGGGAAAAAACUCCUUGUCCCAGUUGCAUUGCCUCACUUUCAGCCUCCUCUGGAUCCCUUUCGUCCCACGACGGCGCCAACCUGGUGCAGCCAUGCAUCUGGAAGUGAAAGUCGCCCUCAACUUCAUUGUGUCCUACCUGUACAACAAGCUGCCUCGGCGUCGAGCUGACCUGUUUGGCGAGGAGCUGGAGAGGAUACUGAUGUCUCGUUUUGAGGGUCACUGGUACCCUGAAGCCCCUCUCAGGGGCUCGGCCUUCCGCUGCAUUCACCUGGGAGCACCGAGGGACCCCGUGGUGGAGUUGGCUGCCAAGAGAAGUGGACUGGACACCGAGGAAGUGCGCGCGAAUGUCCCUGCGGAGCUCAGUGUGUGGAUUGACCCGUACGAGGUAUCCUACCAGAUCGGAGAGAAGGGGGCGGUGAAGGUUCUCUACCUGGAGGACCCUCCCGGACUCGGCUGUGACGGCGAGAGGGCCGAGGGGGUGAUCAGAGAGGGUAAAGGAGAAGCAGAGGCGGAGGAGGCCAAGAGUCUGGGCUUUAACCCAGACGCUCAGGUGUUUGUGCCGAUCGGAAGCCAGGCGUCCCCUGCCCUCAUGCCGUCACUCUCCAGCUCUCCCACGCCUCUGUCUGGCCAGCCCUGCCCCGGCCUCUUCAGCUACCCCAGCUCCAGCACGCCCCCCGACCCUGCCGCCCACUCCUCAAACACCUCCACCCCUUCUCCUCCCAGCGGCGGGCUGCCCUACCUCUCCGCCCAGCAGCCGCCCUCCGCUCUCGCCACUGCCCGUCCUCAGCCCAUCACCUUCACCACCGCCAGCUUCGCCGCCACUAAAUUCGGCUCGACCAAGAUGAAGAAGUGCAGCGUGGCCGGGUCGGCCGGCGGCCCCGGAGCGGUCCUACCUCCUGCCCAGAGGAUGCUCACGCGCUCUCCUCCCACCAUCUCGGCGCCGGAGCUGCUCAAGCACAAGCCCCUGUCCCUGUCCCUGCACUCCCUCGGAGGUCCCAUCGCCAGCCAGCUCUCUCCCAACGCCAAAGAGUUUGUCUACCCAGGAUCCCCAGGCCCCCUUUACUUUGAUGCCGACACCCAGCCCAUGCAGCCUCAUGCCAGCCCAUUCCAACCCCCCCACGCUGUCAACACCCAUCCGUCCUUUGACCCCUUCUCCAGCCCCCCCCCUGGCCAGAGCGUGGGCAUCAUCGGCGGCGGCAACGGAGGAAUCUCCUACAUGGAGAAGCCGCCGUUUGUCGAGGGUUUAGGAAGCUACAACCUGCAAUAUCCCAGCCAGUCCUUCCAGCCGGUCGUGCUGGCCAACUAAGCCUUCAUUUGUAACGAAAAGAAUUGUUGUGGGACGAGGUGGGUUUGGACAAUGACGCUCCAGAUAUUUUCAGUUUUUUUCUAACGAAAAUUGUUCUAACACAAGUUAAGAAUUAGUUUUACUACAAAGAUUUAAAAAUACCACGUCCACCGAAUAAUUCAUGUGAUCGUGUUUUUG